UACAUCCGCCUGACUCGCGCUACUGUUUACAAAUCAGCAGACAGCCCGAGAAACACAUCAGAAUGAGGAGUCCUGCAUGAUCUGAACAGCAGAGUCAUCCUUUUCUUCUGAGUCUUGGCGGAGGAUAAUCACGAGGCUGUGACAGUAAGUCCAGAGAUUAAACUGCUGCAUUUAAUGUUCGUAGCAAGGGGACUUCAGUGGUUGCAGUACAUCGAUUUUGCAUGCAAACCUUCAUGAAGAGGUCAGGAUAAGAAUAAUACUCCUGCUCAAGAAGAUUGAAGCAGAGCGGACGCCUGGCCUGUCAGCACAAUCCCUGAUCAAAGGUCCGGCUGGGUAGCGGUCAUGCAGCACCCCAAUUUCGAGACCCGCCACCCGCUCCAGACAGACGAGCAGCAGGAGACGGGCUUUGACCCGCUUAAUAAUUUCAACAAGAACCACAACAGAGGAUCUCUUGACAGCAGCACUAACUCACAGUCUCAGUCAACCUUCCUCUCAUACAGGAAAGAAUGGGACGACUUGUUCCUCAACAGUAAUUACCUGGCCAGGAUCCGGCAGGCGGGCAUCAACGGUCGCCUAAGGAGCAGCCGCUUUCGGAGCGUAUGCUGGAAGUUGUACCUGGAGGCUCUUCCAGAAGACAAGGGUCAGUGGAUCAACAAGACCAAUGAGCUCCGGGCCCAGUAUGAGAAGAUCAAAGAGACGCACAUCACUAACCCUCGCAAGGCUGCAGGCCAACAGGACCUGAUGGUCAACAACCCCCUGUCCCAGGAUGAAGGGAGCCUGUGGAACAAGUUCUUCCAAGAUAAGGAGCUGAAGGGGAUGAUCAAACAGGACGUGUUGAGAACGUUCCCCGAGAUUCGUUACUUCCAGGAUGACGACGUGAGGACCAAGCUGACAGACAUUCUCUUCUGUUAUGCCAGAGAAAAUGAACAGUUACUGUAUAAACAGGGGAUGCACGAGUUGCUGGCUCCCAUAGUUUUUGUGCUACACUGUGACCAUCAAGCCUUCCAGCAUGCCAGCGAGACGGCCAGCCCCAGUGAGGAGAUGAAGUGUCUGUUGAAUCCAACAUAUCUUGAGCACGAUGCCUAUGCCUUGUUCUCACAGCUGAUGGAGACAGCAGAGCCGUGGUUCUCCAGCUAUGAGAGGGAAGUGAGAAAGGGUAAGGAAGAGAUGCUGACCAGCAUCCCGUUUGCACGGCCCCAGGACUCGGGGCCAUCUGUUGCCAUAGUGACCAAAGUCAACCGCAUCCAGGACCAGCUGGUGAAGAAGCACGACGUUGAACUGCACAUGCACGUCAACCGGCUGGAGAUUGCCCCGCAAAUCUACGGCAUCCGGUGGGUACGUCUGCUGUUCGGCCGCGAGUUCCCACUCCAGGACCUGCUAGUGGUGUGGGAUGCCCUGUUUGCUGACAGCAUCACUCUGGACCUGGUGGACUACAUCUUUGUGGCCAUGCUGCUCUACAUCCGAGAUGCUCUCAUUGCUAGUAACUUCCAGACCUGCCUUGGCCUGCUAAUGCACUACCCUCCAUUAGGAGACAUCAACUCCCUGCUGCAAAAGGCUCUUUUCCUCCGAGAUCCCAAAAACUAUCCACGACCUGUCAACUACCAGUUCCAGCAGAACCUGGAUUACUACAAAACAAGGGGAGCUGACCUGAUGAACAGGACACGCUCUGGUUCCAGUACAAAACCCGCCCCCCUCAACAUCAACAAGGUCUCCAGCAGCCUGCUGAGCUUCGGCAGGAAGCUCAUCGCUCCAGCAAUAUCGAGUGGGUCCGGCAGCAUCUCGCCAAUCAACAGCGAGGUACACUCCUCCUCGUCAACUUCCCACGCAUCGGCGGCCUCACCCACCCUGCCUCACCCGCUGGCUGAGCCUCCAUCAGGCCACGCUGUGCCGCAGAGCCAGAGCCACGCACAGUCUCAGCACUACCGCCUGCUCAAGUCAGAGAGCAUGCCUGUCCACCUGAGCAAAGAUGUAGUUUCAGGUGGAGUGUCUCAGGUAUCUCUCCCAGCUCAGACUCACACUGACACACAAGGCCAAAGGUCCAGGACAGUCAGCUCCUCUCCCAGCAUAGAAAGCCUCUCAGGUGGGCGGGCUCAGUCUGCCGCCUCCCCGCCUUUUCCCCCCUCCAGAGGGAGUGAUGUCAGCACUUCAUCUCCGCCCCUCUCUGCCACCAAGAAAGACUCUUUCUUCAACAUCACUCGCUCUCGCUCCCACAGCAAGACCAUGGGCAAGAAAGAGUCGGAGGAGGACCUGGAAGCCCAGGUAUCGUUCCUGCAGGGCCAGAUCAACGACCUGGAGGCCAUGAGCAAAUACUGUGCCAGGAUGAUGAACGCUCACAUCUGUAAAAUCCAGGAAGUGAUUCUCCAAGAACACCUAGAGAAAGAGGAUGAGGUCCUGGUGUCACUGGCUGGACUCAAACAAGUCAAAGACAUCCUUAAGGGGGCGCUGCGCUUCAACCAAAGCCAGCUGGAGGCCGAGGAGAACGAGGAGAUCUCAAUCGCUGACGAUCACUACACCAUCACGGCAGCCGCUGAAACUGCGCUGAGCGCCAGCAAUGACCCGGUUGACCACCAACAGCAAGGAAACAUCAGGCGGAGCCAGGACUCUGAUCAGGACGGGAGCGUGAGCACGGAUGAGAAAGAAGAGGAGGAGCAGGCGAUGACCCCACCUGAGCAACAGGUGGCGUCUUCCCUCGGCUCCGAGGGUAAGAACUGGGACGACUACAUCCUCGUGUGCCAGGAUGGAGACCUGUCGGCCGCCGAGGGAGGGGGAGGAGGAGGAAGGGCUGCAGCCGAGCACACCCCUCCCAUCAGGCGAGGGCGCGGCUUGGUGCGAAUGGAGCCCGAAGGUGCGGCUGGGACCUUCCAUGACCCCCUGAUGGCCGGCACCACCUCGGGCUCUUCCAGCCCAGAUGAGGGCUCCACCCACAGCAAGGACUCUGACUUCACCAUCGUCAACCCAAAUGAACUGUGAACCAGCCAAUCGCCCCGUCCCUCGGCUUCUCUUAUACCUGUAUCAUAUCCCGUUCAGAGGAGAAGAUCAAACAAAACAAAAAAACUGACUUGUGAUCAGAGGGUGGAAUCUGCAGUUUUUGGUGGAGCAACGCCGGAGCUGCUGACGGCAAAAAAAAAUUAUUAAAAAUUGCACAUGUGGACUGUGACACUUCCAGUCACAAAUACAUUAUACUCUGUCUCUUUACCUGUCAUCUGUGCCACUUCAGUCCCAUUUAAGCUGAUGCUGUAUGCUAUCUCAUUUACCUAAUGCCUGUCUCCUCAUUAUGCUGGGUCCUGUCACUCAUGAUAUUUAACUGUAGCGCCCUGCUCUACACAGAGUGCGCCAUUGAACUGCUUACCCUGUCACUACAUGAUUACUCUGAAGAGUUGGACCUUAAACUGCAAAUUCUUUCUCAAGCUUACUGUAAUGAUCAGGAGUGCAAUACUCUGAUUCUUCAGGCCAUGCCUCAGCUCGUGUUAUGCCUGUAUGUCUAUGUCCUGAUAGAGGAAGCUCUCUUCUCUGAUACUCAAAGGAAAGAAGGAUGAUGUCCUCCUGCCAGUUUUCGAGGGCAGCUUUCUCUCCCUCCUAAAUCAGUGCCUCUGACCAUUAUUAUUCUCUCAACCAAACAAAACCUGACUCUGUGAUCUUAUUCUUUUUGUUAGUGUUCUUUUUUUUAAUUUUUAAGAAAAUAUUUUUAAUCCUUAGUUUAGUUUCCUUGAUAAAAAUUAUUAAAUUAUGGAGUAAGUCUUUUUUUUUUCCCUCUUUUUUUUUUUUUUUUAAGUGAUUCCAAUGUGGACAUUUUAAUGUGGUAAUUGACCGUUUAUAUUUCUCAUAUUACAACGGAGUUGUUCUCGUGUCCUGUGGAAACCAUGUAAAGCAGCGCACAAAGAAUGUCCCUCUAGCUGCCCAUUCAAUUUAAUUAACUCAAGACCAAUAAAACUAUGUCGCUCUUACUACACA